CGCCUUCGAAUUAGAACAUCGUCGGCUUCCCUUCCCCACUCCUUCCCUUCUACACACCCUCGGACUCCUCCUCAUCUCUCCCAUCAUGGCAGGCCAACAGCCCGUCUUUGUCAUGAACUCGGCACCGGAGAGGCAAUCGGGCAGGAAGGCCCAGUUGAGCAACAUCUCAGCUGCAAAGACGGUCUCAGAUGUGAUCCGUACCUGCCUGGGCCCGAAGGCAAUGCUCAAGAUGAUUCUGGACCCUAUGGGAGGUAUUCUGCUCACGAACGAUGGAAACGCUAUCUUGAGAGAGAUUGAGGUAGCCCACCCAGCAGCGAAGAGCAUGAUCGAGCUGAGCAGGACACAAGACGAGGAAGUAGGAGACGGUACCACUAGCGUCAUCAUCCUUGCUGGUGAGAUCCUGGCUCAAUCCCUGCCCUGCCUGGAGCGAGGUAUCCACCCUGUUGUCAUCAUCUCUGCAUUCAAGAAGGCUCUCGCAGAGGGCCUUUCGGUCAUCGAAUCCAUCUCGAAGCCAGUCAAUGUGGAAGACGAGAAGGAGAUGCUGGCUCUAAUCAAGACCUCGAUCGGAACAAAAUUCGUCUCUCGCUGGAGCGAUCUCAUGUGCUCUCUUGCUCUCAAGGCAGUGCGAACGGUGGCCACGAUUGAUGCUCAGUCAGGUGGCAGCGGAAGCAGUGGCCCAGGCGCCAGGACAGUGGACCUGAAGCGGUAUGCUCGAGUAGAGAAGAUUCCAGGUGGUGAGAUCGAGUCCUCGACGGUCUUGGACGGAGUCAUGCUCAACAAGGACGUGACACACCCCAAGAUGCGAAGGAGGAUCGAGAACCCACGUAUCCUGCUACUAGACUGCCCGCUGGAGUACAAGAAGGGAGAGUCGCAGACGAACAUUGAGAUCACAAAUGAGACUGACUGGAACAGGAUAUUGGAGAUUGAGGAGGAGCAGAUCAAGCUGAUCUGUGACAAGAUCAUUGAGUUCAAGCCGGAUCUGGUGUUUACAGAGAAGGGUGUUUCAGAUCUCGCACAGCAUUUCCUGAUGAAGCAGAACAUCACUGCUAUCCGUCGCGUGAGGAAGACGGACAACAACAGGAUUGCUCGAGCCACUGGAGCUACCAUCAUCAACAGGGUCGAUGACUUGCGUGAUGCAGACAUCGGAACCAAGUGCGGUCUCUUCCACAUCGAGAAGCUGGGAGACGAGUACUUUACCUUCCUCGAGAAGUGCAAGGAGCCCAAGGCCUGCACGAUUCUGCUACGAGGACCCUCCAAGGACAUUCUGCACGAGAUUGACCGGAACCUCGCUGAUGCCAUGGCAGUAGCAAGGAACGUCGUCUUCAACCCUCUUCUGGCUCCUGGAGGAGGCGCAACAGAGAUGGCAAUCUCCGUCGCCUUGACCAAUCUGGCAAAGGAGAUGGAGGGUAUCGAGGUCGGAGCUGUCAAGGCGGUUGCGGAGGCAAUGGAAGUCAUCCCGCGGACACUGAUCCAGAAUUGCGGUACAUCAUCUGCCAUCAAGGUCCUGACACAACUGCGAGCCAAGCACGCCAAUGGCGAGCACUCCUUUGGUGUAGAUGGAGAAAAGGGCGGCAUCGUCGACAUGGACGAGUACGGCUUGUACGAGAGUGCAGCGGUGAAGAUGCAGACGCUCAAGACGGCAAUUGAGAGUGCCAGCUUGCUAUUGAGGGUCGAUGACGUCGUCUCUGCUAGGAGAAGGAGGGAGCCUGGAGGGGGUGGUGGACCUGGUGUACAGAACAUGGAUGGUGGAGAUGGCGGUGAAGGAGGUGGCAUGAUGCCUGAGAUGUAGAUGACAAUUUGAGGAUGAGCAGAGGCAGACACAGCCUUGAUCAAAACUUUGCAACGAAAUUCAUUUCUUGCACAUAGAGUCAUGGAAAGAAUGUAGACCUGCA